UCUUCAGUAAAGCCACAAAUUAUAUUUAACUUUUUGAUUUACUUUUUUUUUUCCCUCAUUAUAUUAUUUUGUCUCUUUCCCCCGCUCGCCGCCGUCUGCGUAACGGUCGUCACCCGCAUUCCACCGAUCAGUCCGUUUCCUUACGCCGAACGUCUCGAAACCAGCUCCCCUCGAACUCUCCGUGCAGUAUUUUUCGAUUACAUUACAUUCUCAGGAGGUUUGAAAGGAUGAUUGGAUCAUUUCUAACAAGAGGCCUUGUAAUGGUAUUUGGAUAUGCGUAUCCUGCUUAUGAAUGCUACAAAGCGGUUGAGAAGAAUAAACCUGAGAUUCAACAGCUUCGUUUCUGGUGCCAGUAUUGGAUUUUGGUGGCUGCUUUGACCAUUUUCGAAAGAGUUGGGGAUACUUUUGCUUCCUGGGUUCCGCUCUACUGCGAGGCAAAGCUGGCUUUUUUCAUAUAUCUUUGGUUCCCCAAGACCAGAGGAACGACCUACGUUUAUGACUCUUUCUUUAGACCAUAUGUUGCAAAGCACGAAAAUGAAAUUGACCGCAACUUGGUUGAGCUGAGGACCAAAGCUGGAGACAUGGCAGUGUUGUUCUGUAGAAAAGCAGUUUGCUAUGGACAAACAAGAUUCACUGAGAUCCUGCACUUUGUUGCUCUUCAAUCAACACCAAAACCUCAACCUAAGGAAAAGAAGCAGCCAGCACCAAAAGAGGAGGAACAGAAGCAACCAGAUCUUAAGACGAGCCAAACAGCUUCUUCCACUCCUCAAGCAAGUCCACAAGGACCAAAACCUAAGAAACCACUGCUUCUAACCAAAGAACCUAUAGCGGUCAAGCCUACUUCAUCUCCACGGAAGCAGCUGCAGCCACAACAACAGACAGAAACCAAGGAAGCACAACCCAGCGUGUCUCAAACCAAACUCACUCCUACUCCACCACCAUCACCUUCACCCGCCACCACUAAACCAAACGCUGAUUCUGCACAGCCACCAUCAAAAACAGAGGUGGAGAAAGCGCCAGAGAUUGUUGCUGCAGCGUUACCGGCGUCAGAGAUUCAGCGAGCGUCAUCUUCGAAAGAGACGAUAAUGGAGGAGACACUUAGGGUCACUCGUGGGAGUCUGAGAAAAGCUCGAUCAACGGGGAACACGCUAAAGGAAAAAUAGAACAGUAAAACAUAGAAGUUCAAAACUCUGUCUGGUUUUCAAUGGUGACUGAAGUCAACUUAAUCGAUUUUGUUUUUGGAAAAAAAUGGUGUCGUUUGUCUUUUAAUCAGAUGUAAAUUGUUCAGACUUGUUACUAAUCUUUGAUUGAUUUCUUUAAAAAAAAAUUAAAUUAAAAAAAAAAUUUAUUC